AUGCUUCCAGCAGCGUUAUGGCUGCUCUGCGUGACAGCACUCGAGGCGAGGGCGCAGACGACCACGAAUGAGUUCUACUCGACCACUUUCGAGACGCUGUCGACCAUCUCCUCCUCCGACUUCGACGGGACCCGAUAUACAUACAUCUCGGUGGACGGACAAAGCACAGUCGAAACCAGGCGUCAGAAUGCCACGGCAACAUCAUCGAGCAACUCUCAGAUCACGAAGACCGCCACCUCUAAAUCUGUGACAUUAAUAGGAGGAUUGACGCACACAUCAAAUGGGACGCAGACUGCAAGCUCGACGAGCACCGCACCGAGAGCAACCAACACGAUACCCUGCAACGGCUACCCCGAGUUUUGUCAGAGGAAGUACAGCAACAUAACAAACGUGUGCGCGCACAAUUCCGUGUUCUCCGUAGACAACAAUGCUGGUAGCAACCAGGAGUAUCCCAUUCAAUUCCAGCUGGACGAUGGAGUCAGGAUGCUGCAAGGCGAGACCCACUGGGUCAACGACACCGUCUACAACUGCCACACCUCCUGCGACCUCCUCAACGCCGGCACCUUCCAAUCCUCCCUCGAGACCGUCGCCAGCUGGCUCGACGACCACCCCUACGACGUCGUCACCUGGCUCAUCGUCAACAGCGACAUGACGGACGUCGAAAACUACGUCCCCGCCAUCCAAAACUCGGGCAUCGCGCGCUACCUCUACGAACCCGAAUACGUGCCCCAGCGACUGGAGCAAUGGCCCACACUCGCCGAGAUGAUCCUCUCGGGAAAGCGCAUGGUGCUGUUCAUGGACUACAAAGCCAACCAGACCGCCGUCCCCUACGUCCUGAACCAGUUCCAUCACAUCUGGGAAACGCCCUUCUCGCCCACCGACCAGAACUUCCCAUGCACGCAGCAGCGGCCGCCGAAUCUGGGCGAGAAGAUCGCGAGGAACCAUUUCAUGUAUCUCGCGAACCACAACCUGAACACUGCGGUGGAUCUCGGGGCGUUGAUCGGAGGAGGCUCGGGCGAGCAGAUUCUCAUCCCGAACACGGCGGAGAUUAAUCAGACGAAUGGGAUGUUUGAUAAGUUUGGGCAGUUGGAGCGUAUGUCGCAGAAUUGCACUGAGAUGUGGGGCAGACCGCCCAACUUCCUCCUGGUCGACUACUAUAACCUGGGAAAGCCAGGACCGGGCGCCGUCUUCGAAGUCGCCGCUAAAGCGAACGGCGUGACGUACAAUCGCCAAUGCUGCGGAAUGGGAGACCAAUCCGCUGCUCCUAUUGUACAGAGUAGUUGGAUUGUGCUGGGCGCUGCGUUGGUAUUUGCAGUGCUGUUGGCUUAA